GAAGGAGAAGGAGCAUCGAUCCUUCCCGACAAAGAGAUACGCAGCGCAGCGCAGGGGAACAAUGGAGGCGAGCGGCAUCUCCGGCGGCACGGCGGAGGCCGGCCGGCCACCGCACGUGGCGAUGCUGUCGACGCCCGGGAUGGGCCACCUGAUCCCGCUGGCCGAGCUGGCGAAGCGCCUGGCCGCGCGGCACGGCGCCACGGCCACGCUCAUCACCUUCGCCUCCACGGCGUCCGCCACGCAGCGGGGCUUCCUCGCCUCCCUCCCGCCGCCCAUCUCCUCGCUCUCCCUCCCGCCCGUCGACCUCUCCGACCUGCCGCCCGACGCCUCCAUCGAGACGCUCAUGUCCGAGGAGUGCGCGCGGUCGGUGCCGGCGCUGACCGAGGUCCUCUCGGCGCUCAGGGACACCACGCGGCUCGUGGCCUACUUCGCCGACCUCUUCGGGGCCGACUCCUUCGACGCCGCCGCGGCCGCCGCCGUGCCGAGGAGGUACCUCUUCUUCCCCGGGAACCUCCAGGGGCUCACGCUCAUCCUCCACCUCCCGGAGCUGGACGUCUCCAUGCCCGGCGAGUUCCGCGACCUGGCCGAGCCCGUCAGGCUCCCCGGCUGCGUGCCCAUCCCGGGGGCGGACAUCCUCUCGCCGCUGCAGGACAAGUCGAGCCCGAGCUACCGGUGGAUGGUGCACCACGGCGCGCGCUACCGCGAGGCCGACGCCAUCCUCGUCAACUCCUUCGACGCCCUGGAGCCGGACGCCGCCAGGGUGCUCGGCCUCCCGGAGCCCGGCCGCCCCCCGGUGUACAACAUCGGUCCGAUCAUACGGACCGACGCCGCAGGCCACGCGCCGCGCGCCGCCUGCCUGGACUGGCUCGACCGGCAGCCGGCGAAAUCGGUCGUCUUCGUCUCGUUCGGCUCCGGCGGGUCGCUCCCGACGGAGCAGAUGCAGGAGCUGGCGCUGGGGCUGGAGCUGAGCGGGCAGCGGUUCCUGUGGGUGGUGCGGAGCCCGAGCGACGAGGGCGCCGUGAACGCCAACUACUACGACGCGGAGAGCAAGAAGGACCCCCUCGCCUACCUCCCGGCGGGGUUCGUCGAGAGGAGCAAGGACGCCGGGCUGCUGGUGCCGUCGUGGGCGCCGCAGACGGAGGUGCUGGCGCACGAGGCCACGGGGUGCUUCCUGGUGCACUGCGGGUGGAACUCGGUGCUCGAGAGCCUCGCGCACGGCGUGCCCAUGGUCGCCUGGCCGCUCUUCGCCGAGCAGCGGCAGAACGCCGUGAUGCUCUCGGAGGGCGUCGGGGCCGCCGUCCGAGUGCCGGAGACGAAGAGGAAGGAGGAGAUUGCCGCGGCCGUGAGGGAGGUGAUGGCGGGGCAAGGCAGAGGCGCCGAGGUCAGAGCGAAGGUGGCCACGUUGCGGAAGGCGGCCAUUGAAGGCCUCCGAGAGGGAGGCGCCGCCACGGCGGCGCUGGAUGAGGUGGCCAACAUGUGGACAGGAGGACGACAGGUGUCCGGCAUGCAUGACUAGGCGCCGGCAAACCUUGCUGAUGCGUUGCCUCCUCCAAUGCGAGCGGUUGUAUGAUUUGUUAAAUAAGUAAAAUUCUGAUUGUUUAUAUGUUUUUAUUUGAAUCUCAAGAUUGUUUGUAUGUUGCCUUGAAAA